UCUGGGGCAGAUCUCCUACAUUUCCACUAAAUUCGUAGUUGUGGAGAAUUCCGGCAUUGAUAACGCUAAGUGAACUCUUCUUGGCAAUAGCUUAUUUAAGUGUCAGCGAAAUAAGUGGAAUAUCUCAGUGUCAGCUCUUGAUAUGAUAUUUGAAUCAACGCAAAUUUAAUUAAUCAAAAUGGUGACGUUUUGGAUCCUUUGUUUUGGAUUGCUUGCAUCGAAUUUGAUAAGUGCUCAGCGAUCUGGGCAGAGACCAUUCAGCUUAUGUACGACAACUGAUGCGAAGUCUGGCAUGUGCAUUCAUCUGGAGGAGUGCAAGCCUAUGGUUGAUAUAUUGCGCAGACAACCAUUAACCAAUUCCGACCGAAGAUAUUUGCAGCAAAAUCAAUGCGGCUCUAUAUCGAGAGAAAUAUUUGUGUGCUGUCCACAACAAACGUUUCCUUCAGAUCCUUCCAAAGGGAAACGUUUACUGCCUCUUCCAGGAGAUUGCGGAUUUUCUUCAACUGACAAAAUCAUAGCAGGCAAAAAAACUGUAAUUGAUGAAUAUCCUUGGAUGGCUUUGUUGGGCUAUACGAUACCCGGACGUCAGAAAACUUUCAGUUGUGGAGGCACCCUUAUCAACAAUCGUUAUAUUCUUACCGCUGCUCAUUGCGUGAAUGGACCAAAUAUUCCUAGCACCUGGUUCUUAUCGAGCGUAAGAUUAGGAGAGUGGAAUAAGACAAGCGUCCGCGAUUGUGAAUUGGGCGAUUGUAAUGAUUCCCCACUGGACCUGUCAAUUGAAGACUUUGUCGUCCAUGAGAACUAUUUCCCUUAUUCAAUAGACCAACACAAUGACAUCGCCCUACUAAGGCUUGCGCAGGAGGUCUCAUACACCCGGUGGAUUGCUCCGUUGUGCUUACCAGUAACACCAGACGUACGAAACCGCGACUUCGAUGGGGUUAGCUUGGACGUGUCCGGUUGGGGUCGAACUGAAAACGCACCUGAAAGUGACGUGAAGCUGAGGGCAAGAGUGAACGGAGUCAGUUUGGACUACUGCCAGCUAAUAUACAGAAAUGCAUCCAGGAGAGUUGAGAACUCACAAAUUUGUGCCUUGGGUGAAAAUGGUGCAGAUACAUGCACCGGAGAUUCAGGUGGCCCUUUAAUGGGUAGAGAAAAUCCCACUCGUGGGGUGCCUUAUUAUUUUCAAGUUGGAAUCACCUCGUAUGGACCAACCCAGUGUGGAAGAGGAAUUGUCCCAGGGGUAUAUACACGUGUGAGUGAAUAUAUGGACUGGAUCCUUAGGAAUAUCCGACCGUAAGCAAUCAUCACUUAUGCGAAUGUCUCACAUCUAUAUAUUAAUCCAUAUUUUAUAUUACUCAUUUAGUUUCUGCAUUCAUUAUAAAGAAAUAAAGACUUUUUCAUCAACUCUAAA